CUGCCCAGAGCUAUUUCUAUUUCUUCAGUCUUGUUCUUCAGCAGGAUACUAUUCCUGUCUCACGGGUCCAGGAUUCCCAGACUUUUGGAAGCACAACAUCAGGUCUUCCUUAGCCAGAGACAUUUUGAGUAUUGGCUCUAAACCUGGUUUGGGAGCCUUUGUGAUGGACCAACUAAGAAACCCAAUCCUCUAUAUUCUCCUGGACUUGGUUUGGGCACAGCUGGGAGCUGCCCAACAGAGAGACUGUGGCGACUGCUAUCAUCUCAGCCCAGGUGCCAUCGCUGGCGUAGUUCUGGGAGAUUUGCUCCUGACUUUCCUCAUUGCUUUGGCUGUAUACUAUGUGUCCAGCUGCAUCUACCAACGUCAGUCAUCCAGCCUUGACACAAAGACGUCUCAACAUGAGUCCCACUAUGAGGAACUUCAAGCGCACAGACUGGAUGUUUACAGUGACAUGAAGAAUCCUAGAACCAUGUGCAAAUAGCCUCCCACCCUUUCUACUCCUCUUUUGUGCUUCAGACACUUGAGAAUACAGGAUUUCUACUCUAUCUCCUCUUGAGCAGACCGGCUCAAAAGUGGUCUUUCUAAAUCAGGCCUUUAACUGUGAACUUUUAUCUUUUUAGUCUAUGUAACUUCCUCCAAAUAGGCAUUCUGCUUUGAUUUAGGUUUGUAAUUUUAAUCAUUGAAGAUAUUGCAGUGUGAGUAAAACUACACCAUUGGUUGCAACACAA